AUGACAAUUCAUGUGGCAAUGUUUUGUGCAGUUGUUCUUCUGGUUGGUACGCAGAGUUUUGCGGCACCAUUCAAACCAUACACUAGUUGUGGUUAUGAUUUCUGUAAUUUGGGUAACCCAGAUAAACUCAAUGUUCACAUUGUGGCUCACACACACGAUGAUGUUGGUUGGCUCAAAACAAUCGAUCAAUACUACUAUGGAUCCCGCAGUGAAAUUCGUCAUCGAGGUGUUCAAUACAUCAUUGAUUCAGUAAUUCAAGCACUGCUGGAAAAUCCUGAUCGACGAUACAUCUAUGUCGAAAUGGCCUUUUUUUGGCGUUGGUGGAAUCAACAAUCAGAUGACAUGCAUAACACAGUUAGACAACUCGUCAAUGAGGGUCGUCUCGAGUUCAUCUCAGGUGGUUGGUCGAUGCAUGAUGAGGGAGCAACACAUUAUAAUUCAAUUAUUGAUCAACAUAGUUUAGGUGCUGAGUUCUUGCGUGAUCAGUUCGGUGAUUGUGCUCGACCAAAAAUUGGCUGGCAAAUCGAUCCGUUUGGUCAUUCGCGAGAAGUAGCUUCACUUUUUGCACAGAUGGGUUUUGAUGGUCUUUUUUUCGGACGAGCUGACUAUCAAGAUAUUGCAAAACGAAACAUGACAAAAACUAUGGAAAUGAUCUGGAAAGGAAGCGUGAACUUAAAUCGUCAGGGUUGGCUGUUUACGGGUAUUCUACCACAUGGAUACGAUGCACCAGAUUCGUUCUGUUUUGAUAUUCUCUGUACAGAUGCGCCGAUCAUGGAUGAUGCUCGUUUGUAUGAUUACAAUGUUCCUGAACGUGUUCAAGCAUUUAUCAAUGUUGCACACAAUGAGGCUAUCAGUUAUACAACAAAUCAUAUAAUCAUGACCUUUGGUAGCGACUUUCACGAUCAGAAUGCUAAUGAGAAAUUCAAAAAUUUGGACAAAUUGAUUAAAUAUGUCAAUGCUCAGCAAGAGAAUGGUAGUAAUGUCAAUGUUUUCUACUCGACACCAUCAUGUUAUUUGUAUGCUUUAAAUAAAGCCAACAAACAAUGGACAUCGAAAACGGAUGAUUUCUUUCCAUAUGCCACUCAUUCACAUGGCUUCUGGACAGGCUACUUCACUUCACGAGCUACUUUCAAAGGUUAUGAACGUUAUUCAAACAAUAUUCUUCAAGUUACACGUCAAUUGAAUGCAUUUUCACAGAGCAAUCGACGCAACACUAUUUUCUAUCUGAGUGAAGCUAUGGGCGUUGCUCAACAUCAUGAUGCCAUUAGUGGAACAGAGAGGCAACAUGUCGCUAAUGAUUAUGUACAACGAUUAUCGUAUGGCAUCGACAGAACAGUGGAUGUUAUCAAUGAUGCCUAUAAUAAACUCUUACUUAAAGAAGGUCAAACGCUACCUGUAGCACGACAAUUUCUCUGUUCGCUUUCAAACAUCAGUGAAUGCCUACCGAUUGAAGGACAAGAUCGAUUCACUUUGACACUCUGGAAUCCAACCAUUCAUCCAGUAACAAUUCAUCCGCAUGUACCAGUCACUCGAGAAUAUUUGAUUCGUGAUCCAAUGGGCAAUUUAGUUUCAGCUGAAUAUCUUCCAAUUUCAGACAUGACAAAAACGAUUCCUGGUCGAAUAAGUACUGCUCAAAAUCAAUAUAUCUUCAAAGCAUUAUUACCUGCACUUGGCUACAACACCUACUAUUUCGAAGCCAGAACUGAUGAGCAGGGCAACGUACACAAGCAAGUGACAAUGACACAAAAUGAAAUGUGUAUUCUACAAAACGAACAUCUGCGAGUGGAAUUCGAUGAUCAAGGCAAUUUACAACAGAUUAUCAAUUUAGAGAAGAAUUUGACGCUACCAUUUACUAGUCAGGGCUUCUAUUGGUACUCAAGCUUUCCAAGCAACAGUUCUGAAGGAUUUCAAGCAUCUGGUGCCUAUAUGUUUCGACCAUGGAACUCUCAUGCACAACCAGUAAGCAGCCAACGUAUCAUAAAUUGUACAAAAACAAAAAUAGUACAAUCAGCAUUCAUUGUUUUCAACGAAUGGGCUACUCAACAGAUCACUCUAUAUCCAGAGGCAUUAUUUGUUGAAAUCGAAUGGACACUAGGACCGAUUCCUAUUGACGAUGGUAUUGGGAAAGAGAUCAUUAUUCGUUAUGAUACCAACAUCAAUAGUGCAUCAAAAUAUUAUACAGAUGCUAAUGGACGUGAAGUACUUGAACGUAUUCGUGAUUAUCGACCUACAUGGAAUUAUUCGAGUGAUGAACCAAUAAGUGGUAACUAUUAUCCAAUCAAUAGUCGCAUCUGGAUUCGAGAUAAUCAAAGUCAGUUGACUGUACUCACUGAUCGAUCAGAAGGUGGUGGAAGUAUGCACGAUGGUUCCAUCGAAAUUAUGCUUCAUCGUCGGAUUCUCUACACCGAUGGAAUUAGUCUCAAUGAACCAUUGAAUGAAACAGCCUAUAGCAAAGGUCUUGUUGUUCGUGGUAGACAUCAUCUUUUUGUUGAACCACCUACCAAUAGUGCUCGCAUGCAUCGAAUCGGUGCUCAACAAUUGUUCAUGUAUCCUCUAACUACAUAUUCACUGCCUGAUACAUCAUCUUACACAAACUACUCGAUGAGUUAUCGUCAAACAUGGUCGGCUUUAUCAGACACAAUGCCACUCAAUGUCCAUCUCUUGACAUUCGAUCAAUUAAGUUCAGAAGAGUAUCUCGUUCGUCUUGAACAUUAUUUUGAAUUGAAUGAAGAUGAGAUAUAUUCGCAACCAGUCACUAUUGAUUUACAGGUCUUAUUUGUCACUAUGGGCACGAUUGUUAAUAUGCAGGAAUUGAUACUCAGUGCCAAUUUACCUUUGUCUGACUUGCAUCGAUUAGAGUGGAUAACUAAUAAUGGCGAAUCAUCAUAUGUCGAUAUGUCGAAACAAGGUUCGUUGCAAGAGACAAUGAUUACUCUGCAUCCAAUGCAAAUUAGAACAUUUCAAAUUACGAUCAAUUAG